AUUUUGAACAAGCAAGACAUACGAUUUUUCAAGGUGUAGACAAAAAGUAAAAGAUAUAAAAAAUUUUUUAAUGUGUAGAAAAAACAGUGAAAGAAAUCUUUAUAAAGAAUUUUAAUAGUUUCAGUAAAUAAUUUUUUACAGUGCUAUUUGUUUACAUUUUCUUGCGCAUAUAAUUUGGAUGAAAAAGGACAGUUGAGGAAAUCCUAAUUGUGGAAACACGCCAAUGAGGAAAUUAAAUUUCUAUGCCUUCUAUGCUGCUUAACUUUGCAUAUAAUGAGCAAUUCCACACUUAUCAACGGAUCCAAUGUCACCGGAAAUCAACCAGUGCUAGUGAAACUCUCCACUGGUGAUGGGGUCCCAAAACUUUUUUGUCCCAUUUGCAAUAAAGCUCUGACCUCCCUAAAUGGUUAUGUGAAACAUGUAAAAAAACAUGAAUCUCCUGGUGGCUUUUUUUGUCGCUAUUGUGAAGCACGUUUUUGCACGGAUGAAGACUUGAAGAGACAUCGUGAUACAAUUCAUGUGACGAUUGCAUGUCGCCUCUGCAAAAAUACAACGUUUACUAAUGAAGAGGAAUAUCGAAUUCACAUACGCGAUGUACAUAAAGGCGUUGAUCGCGAGUUAUUCAAGUGCGACAAAUGUGGGGCUGAAUAUAAGACAAUUGACCCAUAUCGGCGACAUAUAUCUACUGAAUGUGGUACCAAAAAACCUUAUAAAUGUGAGCAAUGCGCAAUGACGUUCGUAACUAAAUAUAAUCUGAAACAGCAUAUAGAAUUUCAUACCGGCGAGUUGAAAUAUUGUUGCAGUUAUUGUGGUAAAAAUUUCUAUCAGAAGGGCCGUUUAGUAGAGCAUGAAAGGUCACAUACAGGGGAGAAGCCUUAUAAAUGUGAUGUUUGUGGCAAAUGUUUUUCGCAUCGUGAAAGUUUAGUUACUCAUUCAACAGUACACACCGGCAUUCGUUUGGUAGAAUGCAGGUGCUGUCAAUCCCGUUUCUCAUGUUAUUCUAAUCUCAUAAAACACAGACGCACUCGUCCUGACACUUGUGGCCUUCCCGACUACGACCCACCAAAAAAUCGUGUUCGCAAAUUCACUUCAAGAAUUCCUGCGACACUUAAUCCCACCUCAGAAAUAAAAGUUAGCAAUGUUAAUAAAAUUAUUAAGCCCGACGAUCAAGAAAAAAUUGCUUCGCAAAAAAAAGAAAAUGACUGUAAAUCCAAAUCUAAAGUCGUCGGUGGAAGCCGUAAGGAAGGCUUAAGCAAAAAAGUUACCAGAAAAACAAAGCUUAGCGGUGAUACUGAAAAUAUGGAGUCCUCAGAUAUUACCGAAGAAGAAGACAAUAAAACGGACAAACUAAAAAAAUCAUUAAGAUCCAAAUCAAAAAAACCUUACACCCUUAAUCUAAAGUGUUCUGAUCAUGAUGACAAUAACGAUGAUGAUGAUUCGGUAAAUUUUGAGCCUGAUGAAAACGACGUGGACGAAGAUAAUGGAGACUUUAAGCUACCCGCUUCCACAACAAAUAAAGCUGAAAUUAAAAAAGAAACCUUAGAAGAGGACCUUAGCAACAAAAUAACGCUGCAAAUUCAACCUUUUGAAGAUUUUGAGUAUUCAACGUUAACUACAGACAACGCGAAUGUUAAGUCAGAAGAUGAGGAGGAGAAAAACAGAAUGUUAGAGUGCUUAAACUUUUUCAGUGAAUGUGAUUACCCGGUACUAGACGAUGAUGUUCCUUUAAGGAAUUACCAGAAAAAAAAGGUACCUUUUAAAUAUCAGCUGGCCGAAAAUGUUAUAGAUGAUAUUUUAGAAGAAACUGAACUAAUAUUGAUUAAAGAUGAAGACAGUCAUCAAACUACAACCUUUGAAGAAGAUAUAUUGGAAGUCAAGCCAGCCAUUUCGAGCUCUGAAACGCACUCUUGCAAAGUCCUUUUAGAAGAUGUUACCAAGUACUUUCCUCAACUUAAAGGGAACAACACGGUGAAAUUAUCUCGCAGCGCAUUUAAAGCAGGGCCUAAAUGUAAAAAAUUGGAAAAGUCCAUAAAGUCAACUUCCAUUACAAGCAAAUACAAAACAAAAGGGAUACGCCGAGGUAGCCACAUUUCUUUAAAAAACGAUAUCAAUGAAAAGGAGCAGAAAAGAAAGACGUUCCGCCUGUCAAAAAUAUCCCAGAAAGAGCUCAAGGAACGUCUUAAAAUGGCAAAAAAACAAGAGAAAAGUUGGCAAUGUUUGCAUUGCAUUAAAAUCUAUUACAUGCGCAAGCCCUAUGAAAAACAUUUACGGGAUGACCACAAACGAUCUGAGGAAGAAAUACGAGAAAUAUUUAAAUCUGAAGAUUCAGGCUUAUGCAAUGAGGAUGUCUUCAAGUGCCAUAUAUGCGAUAAAAUUUAUUUAAUGGAGAAGCGUUUAGUCGAUCACAUUGAAAAGCAUGGCGCCGAUGGUAAUUUAAUACACAAAUGCCCCUGCUUUUGUAGUUUGUACUUUGCAACCCGUGAAGAAGCUAUUAAACAUGCGCACGAGGUUCAUAAGGAUUUAUUGUGGUGUGGGAUUUGUCAAAAAUUUAUGACCGGUUGUGAUGCUUUAAAAUCUCAUAACGCUCGCGUACACGGCCAGACCACAAAGGAAGCUCAAAUCAACAGUAAAAGAAAUUUUGUAUGCGAUAAAUGUGGGAGAAAAUUUUUAGGUCGCACUCAGCUAACGGAUCACGUACGUUCGGAUUGCGGCCGUCUACCAAUAUAUCAGUGUCAAGAAUGCGGUAAAUGUCUUACCACAGCUGGGAUUUUAAAAACCCAUAUGUUGCUACAUAAAGCAGAUCGGCCGUAUCAGUGCGAUCAAUGUGGCAAAACGUUUAAAAUAAAGGCCCAAUAUAAGGCGCACCUUAAAUACCGACAUUCGAAUGAAAAGCACUUCAAGUGUCACCUUUGCCCUAAAGCGUAUCCUUACCGUGAAAGUUUGCUAACUCAUAUGACGGUGCAUACGGGGAUUAAACGUUUUCUCUGCAACGGUUGUGGAAAGCGCUUUACUUGUGUGUCGAAUUUGCAAGCGCACCGCAAGGUUCAAGCAGACACCUGCGGCCUGUUACCAUUAAAUGCAAAGGCUACUCAAUACAUGGGCGUCCAAAAGGGUAAUUUGCUAAUGGGAGCGAAACCGGAAGCUGGCCUAGAUUACAUAGAAACUAAUACUUUAGUCGCGAAAGAUGUGCUAAAUCAAGAUCAACCAAUGGCUCAGGAACUAAAUAAUGGACCAUCGGAUAGUUCCUUACCGUUGGCGACGGCUCCUUUACAUUAUGCUCAUUCAGCCCCACCAGCAUUAAUAAUGCCCACUUUAAUAAUCCAGGAUUCUCAUCAGUCGUGGAGCAACUACAACUAGAGAAGAGAGUACGGUUUGUCAUACAUUUUUAUGAUAAAUCGUAAUAACUAUAUAUUGUAACAAGAAUGAAAUUCAAAUCAGAGUAUCUUUUAUUCACAACCCUUGGUUGGAAAAAAAUAUUGAAGCAUUUGAAUAGUAAUAUGUGUAUUUAAAGUUCGCCCUAAGACCCCUUAAAACCCCUUUUUUUAUAUAUUUUGCAAUUCAAAUUACUUGCACCUCCUUCAAAUUAAUUUUCUUUUCCCAAAUAUAUUAUUAACAAUUCGCCAUAAUUAUUUUUGGUUAGGUAUUUAAAUAUAAAUAUUCUAGUAUUAUAAUUUCGCUAAAAAUGUAACAUUCUUAGACUUUUUCGACUUAAAUAAAAAAGACAAAUUCAAUGCCUAUUUUUGUCCGUGGUAAAGACCAAGAGAAAUGUGUAUUGUUUCCGAUACUUCGUUAAAGCAACUCCAACAAGUUAUCUUUUCGUUCACACUAAUUUAUUUUUUAAUGUGUAAUGGGUCGUUCGUCCUCAUUACUUCGCCAAGUAGUCUUUCCAGGAAAGGCACUAACUGGAUAGUGAUCGAAAUGUUGUCAAACCAAACUGUUAAAAUUUUGAAAUGACUUGGAUGAUUACAUAAAACAUACACCCUUAUUUUCAACGCAUAGAAAUUUAACAAUUUUCAUCAUUUGUGAAGCCUGCAUACGAACAAAUAGACAUAAUACACAACCACAGAUAAAAUAAAUUCACGCUGACCUACAAUAAGGUUUAUGUGACCCACAAAU